AUGGCAAGGCUCUUGUUUUUUAUUUUUCUCUCAGCAAUUAUCACUACAGAAUCUCAACAAGGGGAAUCCAUUGUAAACCUUGGCUCUUUUUUAACACCUACCACCAAUUCUUCAUGGCUGUCACGCUCUGGUCUAUAUGCGUUUGGUUUCUACCAACAAGCCAAUGGCUAUGCUAUAGGAGUUUUUCUUGCUGGGAUUCCUGAAAAGACAGUAGUCUGGACAGCUAACCGAGACGAUCCUCCAGUUCUUGCUGAUGCUACACUGAAUUUCACUAUCGAUGGUAGAAUCAUCCUGCAAUCAGCACAUGGCAAAGAGACCAACAUUGCCAAUCCUUCAGACGGUGCAAUAUUCGCAUCAAUGCUUGAUUCGGGAAACUUUGUUCUCUAUAAUUCUAAUAAUAAGAUAACAUGGCAAAGUUUUGAUAUUCCAACCAAUACUCUUUUACAGGGUCAGCGCCUCACAGCGGGAAAAGAGCUGGUUUCGAGUGUUUCAGAAUCUGAUCAAUCGACAGGAAUAUUUCGAUUGAAAAUGCAGAUAGAUGGAAACCUUGUGCAGUACCCAGUGCAAACCUCAGACACGGCUCCAUAUUCUUAUUGGACUUCUUGGACAGGUGGAAAAGGUGAUAAUGUUUCACUAUGUCUUGAUGAUGAUGGCCAUCUCUACUUGCUCAAUACCAAUACAUACCUAAACAAUCUGACGCAAGGCGGAUAUCCGACAAAAGAUACAGUCUAUCUUAUGAGAAUUGAUGUCGAUGGCAUCUUCAGGCUAUUCUCACACAAUUUAGAUAAGAAUGGCAAUUGGUCAGUCAUAUGGUCAUCUUCUGAUAAUAAGUGUGACCCUAAGGGCUUGUGUGGCCUCAACGGGUUUUGUACUAAUAUUGGUGGAGAAGCCAUUUGCUCAUGCAUUCCAGGAUUUGCAAAUGUUAACCAGGGGAAAUGGAGUUCAGGCUGUGAAAGGAAUUUCACUGCAGAAAGUUGCAAAAGCAAAGAUGGAAGUAUCAAUUAUACCAUGGAACCAAUAUCCAAUAUUGAAUGGGAAUUUAAUAAUUCUUUUUCCAUUCUGCCAUUAUUAACUAAAGAGGAAUGCAGAGCAGCGUGUCUGGAGGACUGUAACUGUGAAGCCGCUAUGUUCAAAGACAGUACGUGCCAAAAGCUAAAGCUUCCUUUCAAAUAUGGAAGAAUAGUACUAAGUGAUUCAAACAUAGCAUUCAUCAAGGUAGGUAUGUCUACAUCCACCAUACAUAACAUUGCGCCCAUGGGUAGCCAAAAAAAGCAUCCAAAGGCCAUACUAAUUAUAAGCAUCUCACUUGCUGUUUUCGAACUCAUUAUGUUAUUGAUUUUUGGGAUUUUUGUUUAUAGAAAUUGUGUUUGGGGAUAUAAAAGGGUCAGUAAUAAUGGAAAUGUUGGUUUGAGCAUGGAUUUUUCUCUAAGGUCAUUUACUUAUUUAGAUAUUGAGAAAAUGACUAAUCAUUUCAAGGAAGAGCUAGGUAGGGGAUCAUUUGGGACCGUGUACAAGGGAACAAUAUUGAAUGGUCAAAAGCUUGUAGCCGUCAAAAGACUAGGGAAAGCAUUGGCAGAAGGGGAAAAAGAGUUUCUAACCGAGAUUAAAGUUAUUGGUAGAACACACCACAAAAACCUUGUCCAUCUACUCGGGUAUUGUCAUGAUGGAGAGAAUAGGCUAUUGGUAUAUGAGUACAUGAGCAAUGGGACACUUGCAGAUAUACUCUUCAAACCUGAAAAACAACUUUGCUGGGAUGAAAGAAUUGAAAUUGCACACAACAUAGCAAAAGGAAUUCUUUAUCUUCAUGAAGAGUGUGAGUCACAAAUCAUUCAUUGUGACAUAAAGCCGCAGAAUAUACUCAUAGAUGAAUAUGGGUGUGCGAAAAUCUCUGACUUUGGAUUGGCAAAGCUACUAAAGCCAAACCAAACCAACACUUUUACGGGCAUCCGAGGGACAAAGGGGUAUGUUGCAUCAGAGUGGUAUCAAAAACAACCAAUUACAAUCAAAGUAGAUGUAUAUAGUUUCGGAAUUGUGUUGUUGGAGCUUAUAUGUUGUAGAAAGAAUGUGGACUGGAAUCUUCCUGAAGAAGAAGCUAUUCUUGAAGAAUGGGCAUAUCAUUGCUUUGAGGCUCAUGAGCUGGGCAAACUAGUGAGUGGUAAGGAGGUCGACAAAAGACAAUUGGAGAGAAUGGUUAAAGUGGGACUUUGGUGCAUUCUUGAUGAUCCAUCACUUCGUCCUACAAUCAAGAAGGUUUUGCUAAUGCUGGAAGGGAAUUUAGAUAUCCCAAUCCCUCCAUGUUCAACUUCUUCUCUUAAUAUAGUGUAA